AUGGACUACUCGAACCUCCGCUCCAAGUUCCGAGCCACGAAGUGGACUCCUUCAAACGAGGAUAUCCUGCUCGAGCCUUAUACGUACAUCUCGGCCAACCCGGGGAAAGAGAUCCGCUCGAAGAUGAUCGAGGCGUUCGAUAUUUGGUUGGAGGUGCCCAAGGGGGAUCUGGAGGCUAUCAAGGGGAUAGUGAGGAUGCUGCAUAAUGCCAGUCUACUGAUGGACGACGUAGAGGACAACUCGGAACUCCGGAGAGGCCUUCCAGUCGCGCACACAGUCUAUGGCGUCCCCCAGACUAUCAACACGGCGAACUACGUGUACUUCUUGGCGGUGCAGGAACUAUUGAAGUUGGAAAAGUAUGAUGAGGCUGAGCGGGCGGGAGAUGGGGCUGAGGGGAAUAAGGGGAAUGGGAAUGCGAAUGGAAAGGGGAAGGGAAAGGCUUCGACGGCGGAUCUGGUAGCUGUGGUCAACGAUGAACUACUUCAGCUUCAUCGAGGACAGGGACUGGACCUGUUCUGGAGGGACAGCCUCCAGUGUCCGACGGAGGAAGAGUACGUCGAGAUGGUUCUAGGGAAGACCGGCGGACUGUUCAGGAUAGCCGUCAAGCUCAUGAUGGCUCGCUCUGACAACGACGUCGACUACGUCCCACUUGUUAACCUCAUCUCGGUCUUUUUCCAGAUUAGAGAUGACUACAUGAAUCUUCAAUCAGCCGAGUAUGAGGACAAUAAAGGCUUUGCGGAAGACUUGUCAGAGGGCAAAUUCAGCUUCCCAGUUGUUCAUGGCAUCCGGGCAGAUGGGUCUAAUCGUCAAAUCCUCAAUGUCCUACAAAAACGCACCAACUCCCACUCGCUCAAAACCUACAUCGUCAACCACCUUCGGCACUCUACAAAAUCAUUCGCCUACACUCGCCAGGUGCUCGAGACGAUCAAGGCGCAGCUGGAGGACGAGGUACAGAGCCUAGGCGGGAACGUCAUGCUGGAGGCUAUACUGAAGAAGCUGGAUAUUCCGCAAGAAGGGGAAGAGGAGCGGAAGGCGAAUGGGACGAGUGGGGUUAACGGCCUUACUGUGAAUGGGGCAGGUAACGGUCAUUGA